UGAGAAAUGAAACUGGAAGUGUGAAACGAAGGAAAAGUUUGUUGAGGAAAGAAAGUAGAAAGUACAGACUACAGAGAGUACAGAGAGAGAGAGAGAGAAGAAAAGUAAAAGAUAUAAUAGUUGUAGUUGAAGUUGUGAGGAGAGAGAAAGAGAUAUAGGAGAGAGAGAGACUGGGUCUGGGUUUGAGUCCUUCCUUUUCAAUUUCUUAUUCUACUCCUUUUCUUCUUUCUCCUAGAUCUCCCCCAACCCCCUCCUCUCUUUUAUCUAUGUUUUCUCCUCAGAUUUCAUCAAUUACUUAAUCAUGUUUUCCCGUUGACAAUCCAUCCCCUUCUCUAUUCUUUUUUGCUUUUCUCGAGGACAACAAGAACAACAACAUCACGAAUUGGACUGCUUUGCUAAGGAGAACAAAUCUGUUUCAAGUUUGUGUUUUUCAGAGAGAGUCCAUCCUUUGGAGAUGAAAUCUCUUCACACAUAAGGUGUUUCUCUUUGCUCUGGGCUUUUGCAAAGUUUUUAUAUUGAGAAGAUGAUGGAGGAGGUGGGCGCCCAAGUAGUUGCCCCCACAGUCAUCCACCAAACCCUGUCUGGAAGAUUUUGUGAUUCGUAUCCCAUGGCAAAGAAACGCGGUCUACCUUUUCAUUCCUCAACUUAUAUUCAUCAAAAUGCUUCUGAUAACUGGAAUCCUAAGUCCUGGGAUUGGGAUAGUUCGAGGUUUGUUGCCAAACCUUUGCAAUGUGACGAAAUCCAUGCGGGAAAUGGCACUCAGGUUCUUCCAGGCUUGCCAAGGAGGAAUGAGUUACAAAAUAAUGCUCAAAAUCCUAGAAAGCCCGAUCAUGCUGCAGAAGAUAAUGAAAAUCUUCGACUGAAGCUUGGAGGUGGAGACAGAGCUAGAAGCGAUGGCGGCAGUGGUGGCGUAAAUUUUGUGGAGCCACAGCCAGUGUCAAGGCCCAACAAAAGAGUACGAUCUGGAUCGCCCGGUGGUGCUAAUUAUCCAGUGUGUCAGGUGGAUAAUUGCAACGAAGAUCUGUCUACUGCUAAAGACUAUCACCGUCGUCACAAGGUUUGUGAGGUUCACAGCAAAGCUGGUAAGGCCUUAGUGGGGAAACAGAUGCAGAGGUUCUGCCAGCAGUGCAGCAGGUUUCACCCCCUCUCAGAAUUUGAUGAGGGGAAGAGAAGUUGUCGGCGCAGACUUGCUGGUCACAACAGGAGGAGGAGGAAAACUCAGCCAGAAGAUAGCACGACACGGUUGUUAGUUCCUGGCAGCAAUGACAACAAUAUUGAUAUCGUAAAAUUAUUGGCAGUGUUAACUCGUGCACAAGGGAACAUUGAGGACAGGAGUGGCAAGGUCGCACCUUUACCUGAUAAAGAUCAGAUGAUACAAAUUCUUAGUAAAAUAAGUUCAUUGCCCUUGCCAGCUGACUUGGCAGCCAGGCUGAAAGGAAGUAUUCCCAAUCUUAUAUCCUCUGAAAAUCAGAACCAAAUGAAUGGGAAGGCUUCUUCUCCUGCAACCAUGGACUUGCUUGCUAUUCUUUCAGCAACCCCAGGAGCACCCUCUUCUGACGCAUUUGAAAUUCAAUCUCAACCAAGCACAGAAGGAAGUGACUCUGAGAAAACCAAGUCAUUGUGUGUUGACCAAACUGCAUCUCUCAAUUUGCAAAGAGGAUCUAUGAUGGAAUUUCCUACUGUAGGAGAGAAAACUAGCACAAGUUAUGAUUCUCCCAUGGAAGAAGUAGAUUUUCAUGUUCAAGAGACAUCUCCAAGUUUGCCAUUGCAGCUGUUUACUCCCUCACCUGAAGAUUAUAGGGCAGUGAAGUCGCCAUCAUACAGAAACUUCUUGUCUUCUGGCAGCAGUAAUCCUUUAGAGGAGAGGUCACCUGUGUCUUCACCACCUGUUGUACACAAUUUGUUCCCAAUGCGAACUUCAAGAGAAGCAAUGAAGGAUGAUCAUUUGUCAAAUAGUGAAAGUGAAAUUGCAAAUGUGAAAGCAACCAUUAGCAAUGAGUGCAGUACAUCUCUUCAGCUUUUCAGAGACUCAACGCUAGCUACUGAAAAUGGUUCUAAUCGAAGUUCUCCAUACCGAGCUGGGUAUAUGUCUUCUUCUGGAUCUGAUCAUUCACCAUCCAGCCUGAAUUCUGAUGCUCGGGAUCGUAAUGGUCGAAUAAUUUUCAAAUUGUUUGACAAGGAUCCCAGCCAUUUGCCUGGCUCACUGCGGAGUCAGAUAUACAAUUGGCUUUCCAACAGUCCAUCAGAAAUGGAGAGUUAUAUUAGGCCUGGUUGUCUAGUUUUAUCCCUGUAUCUAUCAAUGCCAUCUUUUGUCUGGGAUCACCUUGAAGAAAACCUUCUUAACUAUGUGAAUGGUUUAGUGAAAGAUAUUGAUGUUGACUUUUGGGGGAAUGGAAGAUUUUUGGUCCACACAGACAGACAAAUGGCUUCCCACAAAGAUGGAAAAAUUCGACUCUGCAAAUCAUGGAGAGCCUUGAGUACAGCAGAACUGAUCUCGGUCUCUCCUUUGGCUGUUGUUGGUGGACAAGAGACCUCUCUUCUAUUGAGGGGUAGAAAUUUGACAGCUCCUGGCACCAAGAUUCACUGCACGCAUGCAGCUGAAUAUAAUAUAAAGCAAGUUCCAGUGGCAUCGUGUCUAGACACUGCAUAUGAAGAGAUAAGCUUGGAUUGCUUUAAGGUCGAUGUGGCAGCAUCUAGCGUACUCGGUCGCUGUUUCAUUGAGGUUGAAAACAGUUUUAGAGGGACAAGUUUUCCAGUAAUUAUUGCAGAUAAUACCAUCUGCGAUGAAUUGAGACUCCUUGAGCCUGAGAUUAAUGGAACAGAAGCAUGUGAUGGUAUUCUAGCUGAUCAUAUUCAGAGUACAGGGACGCCCAGGUACAGAGAAGAAGUCCUGCAUUUCUUGGAUGAACUUGGAUGGCUGUUUCAAAGAAAACACAACUCUUCCUUGUUUGGAAUUCCAGAGUAUAGGCUUACCCGGUUCAAAUUCCUUUUUAUAUUUUCCGUUGAGCAUGACUUCUGUGCUGUGGUGAAAACUCUCCUGGAAAUUCUGCUAGAACUAAACUUGGGUAGGACUGGAUUAGCAAGGGAGUCUUUGGAGAUGCUAUCAGAGAUUCACCUAUUGAACAGGGCUGUCAAAAGGAGGUCUAGGAGCAUGGUUGAUUUGCUCAUCCAUUACUCUAUUGUUGAUUCCACUGAUACUUCUGAGAAAUUUAUUUUCUUACCCAAUAUGGCUGGACCUGGUGGUGUCACACCUUUGCAUUUGGCUGCUUGUACAUCAUCUUCAGAUGAUAUGGUUGAUGCUCUGACAAGUGAUCCACAGGAGGUGGGCUUACGCAGUUGGAAUACUGCUCUUGAUGCAAAUGGGCUGUCUCCAUAUGCAUAUGCCUUAAUGAGGAAUAACCAUACGUACAAUGCUCUUGUUGCUAGGAAGCUUGCAGAUAGGAAUAAUUGUCAAGUCUCUGUAUCAGUUACCGAUGAAGUUGGGCAAUUCGCUUUGGAGAUGGAUAAAGAUAAGAGGACUAUCUCCCACUUGAAUCAAAAGCAAAAAUCUUGUUCGAGAUGUGCAGUUGUUGCAGCAGAUGGAUACAAACAAAGGUUUCCAGGUUCGCACGGACUGCUUCAGCGUCCUUAUAUUCAUUCAAUGCUGCUUGUUGCUGCUGUGUGUGUUUGUGUGUGCGUGUUCCUAAGAGGACACCCAUAUAUCGGUUGCGUUGGCCCAUUUGCAUGGGAGAACCUGGGCUACGGGGCAAGUUAAUAUUUACAUUUGGUUGGAAAUAUCAGUUCUACAGGAAAAGGCGACGAUGGCUGUUCGACGCCCAUAAUGUACUCCUCAUCAAUUAUAUAAUGUUAUUCAAUUCAUUAGUAAUUGUAGUUGUAGUAGCAGUAUUAGUAUUAGUAUUGUAUUGAAUUUGUAAUUUUAGGAUGACUUUUACUUUCCACACAUCUUAGUAGUUGGGCUGCAUAAUGUUCGUAUUCUGUUAAAGAGUGCUUGUCGAUUAGGCCGAGUCUUAUACUAUAAUAAUAAUAAUACGUGUAGAGUAUACGAAGAAAUUAAGGUGGAGUAAGGUUGUCUGGAUUGGACUGUGUUGUAUCACUCCAUUACUUCACCCGCAACUCCUGUAUUCACAUAAUUUGAUGAAUUCGAGUCAAUUAGUUUAUUUUUCUACUA